AAAAAAAAACCCUAAAACAUUCUACUCCUGUAUCCCAGCCGCCACAAACAGCCAGCCGGCCGCCAGGAUUUCUCCUUGCGUUCCUGCAUGGCUGCAUGGCCACUAACAGACUGCCGGCCGCCAGGAGCUAUCCAUGCAUUUCUGCAUGGGCCUCAUGGCCGAGCUAUGCUCAAGUGCCGCCUCUGGUUUCCCUUUUUUUUUUUUUAAUUUUCUUCUCCCCAGCCGCUGCUCCACUCGGCCGCCAGGGAGCAUCACGCUUGUUUCUUUCUCUGAUUCUUUGUCUGAGCAGCCGCUAGAGCACAGAGCUACUGGCCGAACGUGCCCGAGUACGGCCGUUCCUGCGCGUUGCAUGCUCCUAUCUCUCUCUUUUUUUUUUCUUUCUUUCACUGUUUACUGAUUUUGGAGAUUACUAACGCACGGUUGGCUUCAAUGCACCGGAGAUGGCCGGCCUGAGCCGCCUCGCAUCCCCAUCCCGCCGACGUGCGCGUCCCUUCGGGUGGGCGCGCCGUCGUCGGAUGGGUGCUGCGCGGUGGUCGAGGCCCAGUCCGACGAGUUAAGAACUGCGGCACUGUUAGCCGUCGCCUGCGAACCUCUCUCUCCCCAGGAUCUAUCCUCAACUCGAUCCCUCAAGUGAUUUUGUAACGGGAUCGAGUUUUGGAGGUAAAGAAUCAUAGAUCUGGGUCCCGCGAUAUUUCUGUUAUUUUCUGUGAUGAUUUUAGUGCAUCUGUACACUUUUGAUUCACGUGGUUUUUGAAAAAAAUUAGGGUUCUAACCCUAGCUUCGUUCUGUA